AUGGCAGGCAAUCAGCAGAGGGACUAUGAAAAAAGAAAGGGUAUGCUAGAAAAUACGGCAGGCAGUUUUCCAGCAUUGUCUGGAUUUGAAAAGAACGUUGUGAUAGCAACCACAUUGUUCAAGGACCACGGAACCCAGGUCGGGGUCAUAGAAGCAGGAGUAGGUCAUAUACUGGAUACUACAAAUGUGUUUUCCGAGGAGAGUGUCAUUACAUCUGUGCCGACAGCUAUCUCUGUAGACCACUCAGAGAUCUUGGGAGAAACAGUCGAGGAUAUAGUCGAGCACAGAUACGCCUUGGGAGAAAACGAAGGCUCAUGUUUGUGGGUCCCCAGUCUUCAGAAGGCUUAA